GGGCUUUUAACAUCUAACAUUGACAGCACCAAUAGGUAGACAAGAAUAGAAAAUCAGCGAAGAAAAAGAAUGGAUAUCCAUCGUUGUUCUUUUCUUGAUUAUACUCCAGAAUCAAUCACAUCAUGUGCGUUCUCUCAUGAAUCAAACUUGAAUGAAUUAACACCAAAAAAUUUCAGGCUGGCAGUAGGCAGAGCUGAUGGUACCAUAGAGAUCUGGAAUCCUCACGAUUCCCGCUCGAAAUGGGUCCUCGAAACAAUUGUUCCAGGCUCAAGAGGAAAUUCUAUCGAAGGACUAGUUUGGUCUUCAAAUAAUGAUCCAAGUCUACCACCUCGUUUAUUCUCCAUUGGCGGUUCCACAAUCUUGACCGAAUGGGACUUAUCAACUGGAACUCCACUUAAGAAUUACGAUUGUAAUGCAGGUGUCAUAUGGUCCGUUGCAAUCAACUCCACCCACGACAAAAUUGCUCUUGGGUGUGAUGACGGAUCUGUUGUGGUUGUUAGCAUCAAUGGUGGUCCCGGUGUUAUCGAACAUGAAUGUAUUCUUCAAAGACAAAAAUUCAGAGUGCUCUCCUUGUGUUGGAUAGAAAAUAAAAUGAUCAUCGGAGGUUGUGCCGAUGGUAGAAUUAGGUGCUGGUCAUAUAAUAAUGAAGAUAUUAUUCAAGACAACGAUCAGGAAGCAGAUGAUAACACGAACAUGAAUAUCAGAGGGAGACUAUUUCAGACCUUGAGAGUGGAUAGACUCAAAGGAGAACCAAGUUUAAUUUGGUGCUUAUUGUAUUUGCCCAAAUCUAACCAGUUUGUGUCCGGUGACUCGACAGGAACGGUCAAAGUAUGGGAUCUCAAACAUUUGGUAUUACAACAAUCGUUCCAAGUACAUGAAGCCGAUGUUUUGUGCCUAGCCAAGGAUGCAUCAGGCGAAAAGUUUUUCACUGCAGGCGUGGAUAGAAAAAUAUUCAACUUCAACUAUACCAAAAUGUCGAAGAGUAAUUCUAAAUGGAUCAACAUGACAAAUAGAUUAUUACAUGGAAACGAUGUUAGAACAAUGAACUGCUACCAAUCCAAAAAUUUAGACUUUUUAGUCAGCGGUGGUAUAGAAAGAAUCAUGCAUAUAAACACCGCUGUCAACUUCCAGAGCUCGGUUUCCAUCAAACUACCGAUUAACCCCCUAAUUGAAAACAUCAUAAUCAAUGAAGAAAAAAGAUUAGUACUAAUGUGGCAAAAGAAUGAGGUAAAAAUAUGGAAACUGAAAUUGGAUCAUACAAAAAAGCUUGUCGCCAAACUCACUUUAUCAGACCCUGAAAAUAUAACCAAUGUUGACAUUAGUUCCAAUGGUAAUUAUCUCCUCGUUUCAAGAUUAUCUCUCGUCAAAUUAUUCAAGUUAGAAGAGGUUUCAGAAGACAAAAUUGCUGUGAAAAGGAUGGACUACGAGCUACUUUCUGCCAUUGGUGCAAAACAAUCGAAGUUCAUCAAUAGCGAGGAUCUUAUCUUGAUAUAUACAUCAGAUAAUGAGCUCAUCAGCUUUAAAUUUGAUCAAAUAUCACCAUCAUCUCCUUUCGAUGACUUUCAAGAGCCAGUUGAUUAUGAUGUACCCGAAGGAAUUUCUACAGGAGCCUCAGAUUUUCAAUAUCUUAUAUACCACACCCAUAUUGCGAUUGAUGAGAACAAUUCUUUGGCAGCACUUUCCAAAUUUGACGGAACCAUCGACAUACUGAAUUUGAAGACAAAAGAAUCUUUCACUUUGAUAAAACUAUCAUCAGUUGCUACCUGCAUUGCAUUCACAUCCAACUCAACUCUUGUUGCAGUAACUUUAGAUCACAAAGUUCAUGAAUUUAAUGUAUUGAACAAUAAAAAGGAUGGGCAAGUUUACACUGCUUGGGCCAUGAGGAACUUUAACUCCAUCCCUGCCCAUUUUCUUUCACUUCCAGGUUGUGCAUUUGGGGUCUUCGAAAACUUGGGUCGUAUCUGUGUCUAUGGAUGCAACUGGUUAUGCUUCUUUGAUCUCAAUUACGACCUCCCCAGUAUUAAACAAGUGCCAACAGAAAAUAAAAAGCGUAGCCGGAAUGGAACGCAAUUACAAGCUACAAAUGGGACUUCUGCAAAGGAGCAACAACCAUCUAAUAACGAAGAAAACAAAUGUUUCUGGCUUACUAAAAACUACACAGAUUUGAUAUAUGCAGGGAAAUUGAACGAAUCCGAAUUGGUGGUUGUAGAAAGACACCUUGAAGACAUGGCAAAUCCACCCGCAUUUAAAGUGAAUAAAAUCACUCUUUGAUUUUAACAUAAAAAUACCAAAAUUUCACCGACUAAUAUAUAUAAGUAGUGUAUAUAUAAUGAACCUUUAGAUUCUUCUGUAACAAUAAUGUCAUUGAAUACUUAACCACAAAAAUAAAGAAAGUUUAAGGACACGAUGGGUCCAUUUUAGGAAAAAUCCUGGCUCCUUGAAAAAAGAUAUGAGCUGCAGCCCCAGCACCUAUCAAGCUUUUCGCAACAGGCCUUUUCUCAACGGGUGUGUCAUUCGAGUUACCUAUUCUUUCCCUAGGAUCCGGUUUGAACUCUUUAUUACCACCGAAUUCGUUCCGAUAGCGUUUGUAGAUAUUUUUAUCAAGUUUGUAGAUAUCGAA